AUGGCAAAUGCGGCGACUCUGGCCGUCGUCAAAACGGCUCUCAAUCACAAGAAUGGAUGUGUUGUUCAGUUAAAGAAUUGUGCCAAUAACGGCAGCAACGACGUUUGCCAAGACGCCGACAAUUUCUGCGCGCAAUACGUAUCGGCCCCCCUGCUUGGAAACAGAAGUACUUAUUACUAUCGCAGCGACGUUAAGCGGGCAAUUGGCGCCGAAACCCAGUUUUCGGCUUGUCAAGACAAUAUCGGUGAUGACUUCUGGACUACUGCGGACGCGGUCAGGCCCACGAUUUCUUCUUUGGGUAGAUUACUUGACUCAGGGCUUCGCAUAGUUAUCUGGGCCGGAGAUAAAGACUUUAUCUGCAACUCGUUGGGAGUCUAUCGAUCUCUCUUGGCUACAAAAUGGAAGUAUUCCAAACAGUUCGCCAAGGCUCCGUGGAAGAACCUUACCGUCCAUGGCAAAGUAGGAGGCGUCUACAAAACUACAGGUGACUUUGUUUCUGAGCCCCAAUAUUUUCACUCGAAUCCAAGCGACGGAUCACAAGAAUCUAAGUGUACUGCCCUUCCCUAGGUCCCUUGACGUACAUCAAGGUAUACAAUGCAGGCCACGAAGUGCCAGCUUUCCAACCUGCUCUAUCCUUGGAGAUAUUCAAACAAACGAUUUCUCACCAAAACAUUCAUAACACGAAUUGAGUAAACGAAAACGAACCUGGCCUUGGAGAAUUCUGC